AGCCUCUGCGGAGUCGUAUUGUGACUUCUCUCUCUCUGGUUGAUUGACUGCUCCGUCACUUUCACUCUCUCUAGAGUAGACCCAAAGAUUGUCCUCCUUUUCUUCCCAAUUAGAGUUCUUCAAUUUCUAAAUUAUCAUCUUCACCUCUCAACAUUUUCUUAAAAGGGCAUAACAUCUUCAUUUUCUUUUUCACUUAUUCAAACUCCCAACCCAAAUCCAUCUCCGUUUCCCUCUUUCAAUCUUUCCUUUUUGUUUCUCGAGAUUACCGGGGAAAAUUCUAACUGGGUUUGCUUUGAAUCUCGAGAAUUCUCCUAGAUAUUCAACAAUUGAAAGCUGAAUAUUUCUCGUUUUUUACCUUUUUGGUGAGUGAGAGAUUACGACGGAAAAUUCUUACUGGGUUUGCUUUGAAUCUCCAGAUUUUCCUGGAAAAUUCCAACUGGGUUUGCUUUAAAUCAUCAUAUUUUCCUCGAAACUGAAUAAUUGAAAGCUUGGUUUUUUCUUCUUUUUUUGGUGAAAUUCUGGUAGAAUCAGACCCAGAACGAGAAUCUAAAAAUGGGGGACCGGGACUCAUCGGAGCUAAACCAGAAAUUGGACGACAUGUCGGCGAUUGAGCUCACCGGAAAGAUCAUGGUGGUAGCUAUAAUAGUCCUCUUCUUGGUGGUGGUCUUCGUCUUCUUUCUUCAUCUCUAUGCCAAAUGGUUCUGGUACCGUCGCCAACAAGACGCGGCCGCUAACGGCCACCCCACCCGACGGCGCCGGCGCCGCUUCGACUUCGCCCCCGGCCAUGUAGAAUCAACCGCCACCGCGGCCCUCCGUUGCGGUCUCGAUCCCUCAGUUCUCAAAUCAAUACCGAUAUUAGAAUUCAAUCCCAAAUCUUUCAAAGACGGAUUGGAAUGUGCAGUUUGUCUCUCCGACGUCUCGGAAGGAGAGAAAGCUCGUCUGCUUCCGAAAUGCAACCAUGGCUUCCAUGUGGAGUGCAUUGACAUGUGGUUUCAAUCCCAUUCCACUUGCCCUCUUUGUCGAAACCCUGUUUCGAACCAAAACAUCAACACUCCUGAAUCACCAUUAGAGACGACAGAAGAGAGCUCGUCUGUUAAUGGGUAUUCAACAGAGUCCCCAAAUUUCCCAACAAAUGUGUUGUUUUGGGGGAAUCAGAAUCAAGUUAGUACUUUGGCUUCUUGUUUGGAAGAAGAUGAUCGUCAAUGUCCUGCUUCUUCUCAAAUCCCCUGUUCUUCUUCUUCUUCGUCGUCAGCUACAACAAUUGGUAACUCAAAUGGAAAUGGAAUGUUGGUCAUAGAUAUACCUAGGCAGAUGAAUGAAGAGGAAGAGCCAAAGUCGCCGGCGAUGACACGGUUGAGGUCAUUGAAGAGGCUUUUGAGCAGAGAUAGAAAAGUGCUCCCUUGUAGUCCCAGUAACGUGGAUGUGGAACAGGUGGGCUGAGUCCAAAUUCAGCACACACAAACACACACUAUCACACACACAUAUAUGAUGCACAUUGAUUUGAGUGAGGAGAUGACAUCCCAAUUGAUCUAUAAUUGAUUUUGAUGUCGAAUUCCACAAAUGUCUGAGGCUUGGAGUAUUGGUGGUAUUGGGGGAGAAAAUGGUAGCUCCCAUGUAUUUGUUAAAUCUUCUUUUAUUCUUGACACCGAAUGGUGCAGAGUCAGUGCUUGAUAUCUAGGCAUGAAGUUUGUUUCUUUGCUCUUGAAAUGAGCUUCUGCAACUGUUUGUAAUGAAUAUAUUGUAUGUAAAUGUAGCAGGCUUCUCUGUUUGAGAAGGUGGACCAAUUAGUCCUCUUCUCUCACAGAAGAUGUAUUUUGCAGCCCUCACAUCCAUUGUUCGAUGUUGGGUUCAUGUAUUGCAUAGCUAUUAAUCCAAUAGAUUUAGUUAAAUUUGAUUGUUGUGGA